GGAAAGGCUUCUGUGGAAGUAAAGAUGGAGGCCAGAGGGGAGUGCUUUCCUAAACAAAGGCAAGUCCUGAUUCUCUUUCUCCUGUUGGGAGAGGCUCUGGCAGGCUGGGAAUCCCGUCGCUAUUCCGUGAUGGAGGAAACAGAGAGUGGCUCAUUUGUGGCCAACCUGGCCAAGGACUUGGGGCUGGGAGUAGGGGAGCUGGCAGCGCGGGGAGCCCGGGUGGUCUCUGAGGAAAACGAACCCAGCUUGCAGCUUGAUCUGCAGACCGGGGAGUUGGUAUUAAGUGAGAAACUGGAUCGGGAGGAGAUGUGCGGCUCUACAGAUCCAUGUGUAAUGCAUUUCCAAGUGUUACUGAAAAACCCAUUGGGAGUAUUUCGGGCUGAGCUACUGGUGAGAGAUAUAAAUGAUCAUUCUCCUGAAUUUCCUGAAAGAGAAAUGACUCUGAAAAUCCUGGAGACAAGCCCUCCUGGGACUGUGUUUGCUUUGAAAAAAGCCCAGGACUUGGACGUGGGCAACAACAACAUCCAAAAUUACAGCAUCAGUCCCAACUCUCAUUUCCGUGUUUCUACCCGCACCAGAGGGGAUGGUAGGAAAUACCCAGAACUGGUACUAGUCAAAGAGCUGGAUCGGGAGGAGCAGGCUGAGCUCAAAGUAACUCUCACAGCGCUGGAUGGCGGCUCUCCGCCCCGGUCUGGUGCUGCUCAGGUUCGCAUCUUGGUCCUGGACGUCAAUGACAAUGCCCCUGAGUUUGUACAGACACUCUACCAGGUUCAAGUUCCAGAGAACAGCCCUGUGGGCAUGCUAGUUGUCAAGGUCUCUGCUAGAGAUUUAGACACUGGGACAAAUGGGGAGAUAUCCUACUCCUAUUUUUAUAGUUCUCAGGAGAUAAGUACAACUUUUGAGCUAAACAACUUUUCAGGAGAAGUUCGACUGAUUAAAAAACUAGAUUUUGAGACAAUAUCUUCAUAUGAGCUGGAAAUAGAGGCAUCUGAUGGUGGAGGGCUUUCUGGAAGAUGCUCUGUCUCCAUUGAGGUGGUGGAUGUUAACGAUAACUUCCCAGAACUAACUAUUUCAUCACUCACCAGCCCCAUUCCUGAAAAUUCUCCAGAAACAGAGGUGGCCCUGUUUAGAGUUCGAGAUCGAGACUCGGGGGACAACGGAAAGAUAACUUGCUGCAUCCAGGAUGAUCUCCCUUUCCUCCUGAAACCAUCAGAAGAGAAUUUCUAUACCUUGGUAACAGAAGGAGCGCUGGACAGAGAGAGCCAAGCGGAGUACAACAUCACCAUCACCGUCAGUGACUUGGGGACCCCCAGGCUGAAGACCCAGCACAACAUCACCGUGACGGUCUCCGACGUCAACGACAACGCCCCCGCCUUCAGCCAGACCACCUACACCCUGCGCGUCCGCGAGAACAACAGCCCCGCCCUGCACAUCGGCACCGUGAGCGCCACCGACAGGGACGCGGGCGCCAACGCCCAGGUCACCUACUCGCUGCUGCCGCCCCGGGACCCGCACCUGCCGCUCGCCUCGCUGGUGUCCAUCAACGCGGACAACGGGCAGCUGUUCGCGCUCAGGUCCCUGGAUUACGAGGCGCUGCAGGCCUUCGAGGUCCGCGUGGGCGCGGCCGACCGCGGCUCGCCCGCGCUGAGCAGCCAGGCGCUGGUGCGCGUGCUGGUGCUGGACGACAACGACAACGCGCCCUUCGUGCUGUACCCGCUGCAGAACGGCUCUGCGCCCUGCACCGAGCUGGUGCCGCGGGCGGCCGAGGCGGGCUACCUGGUGACCAAGGUGGUGGCGGUGGACGGCGACGCGGGCCAGAACGCCUGGCUGUCGUUCCAGCUGCUCAAGGCCACGGAGCCCGGGCUGUUCGGCGUGUGGGCGCACAACGGCGAGGUGCGCACGGCCCGGCUGCUGAGCGAGCGCGACGCGGUCAAGCACAGGCUGCUGGUGCUGGUCAAGGACAAUGGCGAGCCGCCGCUGUCGGCCAGCGUCACGCUGCACGUGCUGCUGGUGGACGGCUUCUCGCAGCCCUACCUGCCGCUGCCGGACGUGGCGGCGGCCGAGGCCCGGGCCGACCCGCUCACCGUCUACCUGGUCAUCGCCUUGGCGUCCGUGUCGUCGCUCUUCCUGUGCUCGGCGCUGGCGUUCGUGGCGGUGCGGCUGUGCAGGAGGAGCGGGGCGGCGUCGGGGGGUGGCUGCGCGGUGCCCGAGGGCCACUUUCCGGGCCACCUGGUGGACGUCAGCGGCGCGGGGACCCUGUCCCAGAGCUACCAGUACGAGGUGUGUCUGACGGGAGGGACUGGGACCAGCGAGUUCAAGUUCUUGAAGCCGAUUUUCCCCAAUAUUGUAAGCCAGGAUCUUGGGAGGAAGUCAGAGGGAAAUCCAACCUUCCAAUCCAACUUUCUGGAAUAGUUUAGGUAUUUGAAACUUAUUCUUUUCCUUUUGCAUUAGUUUUGUCUCCUUGGCCUUUCUGUUGCUUUUUAAAAUCCAGUAGUAAUUUUAAUUGUACUUUCCCCCUGUUUAUACGUAGUAAAUUUACUCUUAACGGUAACACUACUUAAGAAUGUCUGAUUUCUGGAGUUCGUUCAAUUGGUUAAGCCUCUGACUCUUGAUCUCAUCUGAGGUCUUGGUCUCAAGGUCAUGAGUUCAAAGCCCAUUUUGGGCUCCAUGAUGGAGUCUACUUGAAAAAGGGAAUGAUUCCUUUCUACACACUUCAUUUUUUAAAAAAUAUUUUGUUUAAAUAAAAAACAUUUUGUUUAUUUAUUCAUGAGACACACUUAAUCCAGGGACUUAAUCCAGGGUCUCCAGGAUCACACCCUGGGCUGAAGGUGGCGCUAAACCACUGAGCCACCCGGGCUGCCCUACACACUUCAUUUUUAAAUUACUGGAAGUCUUUUAGGUUUUGUUAUUAACCCACCUAUGACUUUUGCAUAACCCCUUUUGUGUUUCGAGUGGAAUCAAUUUGUAUUUACCCAUGUCCACUUUUUCCAAGCUCUUUUUGGAUUUUUGUUUUAUAAAUAAGCAGCAACUGUACAUUUUAUGCUAUUUAUUUCAAAAAGUCACACUUGUAAGCAUUAGAUUUUUGCUCUGAAAUACAUAUGUCACAUCAUGAAAAUAUAUCUAUCAUGCAUUCUUUCAUUAAUGUUUUUUUAAAUUUUUAUUUAUUUACAAUAGUCACUGAGAGAAAGAGAGAGAGAGGCAGAGACACAGGCAGAUGGAGAAGCAGGCUCCAUGCACCGGGAGCCCAACGUGGGAUUUGAUCCUGGGUCUCUAGGAUCGCACCCCGGGCCAAAGGCAGGUGCUAAACCGCUGCGCCACCCAGGGAUCCUUUCAUUAAUGUUGAAAAACAUAGGGGUUCUUACUUACAUGUAACUUAAAUUAUGAUCCUGAUAAGAGUCCUAGACAGAUUUACUCAUACCCAGAUUACAUUUAAGGUGUUCCUCUAUACUUUAACAGCUUUAGUGCCAGGAAAAGCAUUGCUUGCAAUUAUGUACUGUGAUUGCAGAGUAAUUCUUAAGUGACUUCCAAGUUCUAGGCCUAGAGGAUCUUUUGAUGGCACAACAUGCCAAUAUCUAGUUGCCUUUGGAUGAUGACAUUGUACUUGUUGUUAGGGGAUUUUAAAGAAAAUCAUUGCAUAAUUAAUAUUAGUUAAUCAAAGAAAACUUACUUAAAAAUAUAUUGGUGAGGAUGUUGAAUGAUUUGAAGAAAUAAUCAGCUCUGUUUUCAGGACUCCUCUAUCUCCAGGAGCCUCUUAAUUUUGCAGAUGCUAUAAAAUGGUGUGGUAGGCAGAAUAAUGGCCCCCUAAAGAUAUCUGGAUCCUAAUUCCUGGAACCUGUUAAAUAUUAAGCUAUAUUGUAAAGAGGAAUUAAGGUUCAGAUGGAAUUAAGGUUGCUAAUUAGUGAACCUGAAAAUAAGGAGAAUAUCCCAAAUGUUCUGUGUUGGCCUGAUUCAUCAGGUGAAAGUCCUUCAGGGAAGAUAUGAAUUUUCCCUAAGAUGAAUUUUCUCUGUGGGCAGAGGCUUCAGCUUAUGCCCCAGAGUUUCAGCCAGUCCUUUAAUUGCCUGUCUUACAGGUACUGGACUUGCCUAGCCAGCUCCCACAAUUGGGUAAGUUAUUUCCUUGCAACAAAUCUCUCAAAUCUGCUGGUUCUGUUUCUCUGUUUGAAUCCUGAACAAUAAAGUUUUGGUACCUGGAACAAAUAAUUAAAAUCAUAGAAGUUGUUUGGAACUAGAAGGUAGGCAGAGGGUGGAAGAAUUUUGAAAAGCAUGAUGGAAAAUCCUAGAUUUUUUUGGACAGGCUGAUGCUAGAAAUAUGGAUGUUAACAACUCUGCUGUCAAAGUCUCAGAAUGAAGUAAGGAGUAUCGUGGAGAAUAUAUAUGUUGCUAUAUGGAAUACCUAAAUUGUGGUGUCUGGGUGGCUCAGUAGUGUCCAACUCUUGAUUUUGGCUCAGGUCAUGAUCUCAGAGUCCUGAGAUCAAGCCCCACAUCUGGCUCCAUGCUAAGCUAGGAACCUGCUUAAGACUCUCUCCCUACCCCCCACCCCCUCCCCUCACUCUCCAGCACUGGUGUUCCAUCUCUCUCUCUCUCUCUCUCUCUCUCUCUCUCUCUCUCAAGAAAAAAAAAAGAAUACCCAAAUAAUUAUGAAGAGAUGGUAGAAAUAUGGAUGUUAAAGUCACUAAUGUUAAGAGAUCCGAAAGAAAUGAGGUGCAGCCCGUUUUCUUCUUGCUGCUUAUAAUAAAAUGUGAGAGGAAUAAGAUAGAUGGUGGGAAGAACUGUUAAGCUUUUAAAAGGGACUAGAACUGGGUAAUGUGCUAAAUUUUUAGCCUUUUCAGGCUUUUCUCACGAGGCUCAAAUUAGGAAAGUAUGCUCUAGAGCAAGAGCCAAGGGGUCACAGGACAAUCUUUUGCUAGCACCUUGAAAGGAUUAAAAGGUAAGAGUAUUUAGUUAUAUAGCAGGUUCUUUAAAGAGAUUAGGCAUGCAAUUCAUGGAAAUCCCAGCCAUCCCAGCAGAAGUCAGAAAUAGAGAUGAAAUUAUACUGGCAAGAACUGUGAAGUAGCCUAUUAUCUGGGAGAAAGAAUCCCUGUGACAGACACAAGGGACUCAAACAGUUCUUGAGAAUGUUUUGCCAUUAGAAAUAUUACCAGCUUGAAUGAUAUAAGAGAAACCUAUUGUACUGCACAAUUCUAUGAGAAAGCAAUAAUUGAAAAAACUCCUUAGGCCAAAAAACAUACUACCCUCUAUGAGAAAGAAAGGAUGGCUCAAAACAGACCCUGGAUCUCAGAGGGUGGAGGUCCAAACCAAGGCCUUAAAAGGAGAUAGAGUUUUCCUGGAUGGAUUUCUGUGUUUUGAGGGGCAUCUGACUAUUUCUACUUUCUAUUUUCUGUUUUUGAACAGGAAUGGCUAUUAAUUGCUGUCCUGUGCCUGUCCCAUCAUGAUACACUUUGGAGAACAGAUAAUUUGUUUAGUUUCACUGGUCUACAGAUGGAGAGGAGUAAUGCCCAGGAUGUAUAGUACCUAUGGUCCCACCCAUACCUGAUUUAGAUGAUGCAGAUGGUGAAAUUUUGAGUUUUGGAGUUGAUGAAAUUUAGAUGAAAUUAUGGACUGAGUUGAUACUGUAAUGAGAUGAGAUCUUUGGGGAUUUUGAAUAUAUUUUUUUAUCUUGUUUGGAUGUGAAUCUUUGGGAGCCACAGGGUGGACUGUGGUGAAGAGAAUAAGGGCCCCACGAAGUAUCUGUGUCCUGAGAUCUGGAACUCUAUCAUUUGUUAUGUAUCAAAGAAGAAUUCACAUUGCUGAUAGAAAUAAAGUUGACAGCUAACCUUAAGAUAGAUUACCCUAGAUUAUCCAGGUGAGUCCAACAUAAUCAUAAGAACCCUUAAUAAGAGGUGAUAGUGGGAAGCAGAAGAGUCAGUGUCAUAGUGAUGUUUUACAAAAGACUCCACCAGCCUUUACUGACUUUGAAGAUGGAAGGGAGCCUCCAGUGUAGGAAUGCAGGCAGGCACUAGAAGGUAGAAAAGGCAAAAAUAUGUUCUCCUUUAGAGCCUCCAGAAAGGAACACAGCCCAACCUUAAAUGUAGCCCAGUAAGACUCAUUUUAGACUUCUGACCCCUAGAACCAUAAAAUAAUAAAUUUGUGUUUUUAAGCCACAAAGUUUGUGGCAAUUUGUUAUAUCAGUGAUAAGAAACAAAUACCAAUAGCUACUAAAAAAGCCAUUCUGAACCCAUUCGUCUUUGCCUUCCCCUACUCUAGGCCAAAAUAUUCUUGUUUCCAUAAUCUCUUACAGGUAGGAAUGUCCUAGUACUCAGCUAUUUAUUGCUAGUGAUUUAAAAGUACAAUUGGGGCAUUGUGCUUAACGGAAAUUUUUUCUUUCCGUUUUUCUUUUUUUUUUAAUUGAAAUAUAGUUGAUACACAAUGUUGCAUUAGUUUUAGGUGCGCAACAUAGUGUUUUAACAACUCUAUACAUUAUGUUUUACUCAUCACAAGUAUAGCUACCAUCUCUCACCUCACAGUGCUAUUACAAAACUAUUGACCAUAUUCCCUAUGCUGUACCUUUCAUUCCCCCAAAUCAUACAUUCCACUGGAAGCCCAUAUCUCCCACUCUUCUUCACCCAUUCUUCCCAUCCCUCCUACCCCUCCCCUCUGGCAAACACCAGUUUAUUAUCUGUAUUUAAGGAUCUGUUUUUGUUUCAGGGUUUGUUUGUUUGUUUGUUUAGGGUUUUUUUUUUUUUUAGAUGUUACUUGUAAGUGAAAUAAUAUGGUAUUUGUCUGACUUAUUUCACUUACCUUAAUACCCUUAGGUCCAUCCAUGUUGUUGCAAAUGGUGAGAUCUCAU